GCAGGUUUCGGAGAAUUCUGGGAUUUUCGUCUUCUCCGAUCUGGACACCAUCAAAUCAAAUUAGCAAUCUAAUUUCCCUACUCGAUAAUUUAUCUAUUUAUGGACAAAGGAUGGGGCCUCACGUUGGAGAGUUCCGACCAAGUCGGGGUUUUCGGAAAUAAUAAGACCACAGCUGCUCCUCCUGGUCCUGGAUUCACCUUAAGCCCCAGGUUGAAUACUACUCGUGACAGGGGUGGUCUGAUUAUGUUCCCGCUGAAAUCGCCGCCGGCCGGCGACAGACGGCCGGAAGUUUUAGGGGAACUUGAUUUUUUCUCGGGAGAUAAUAAGAGGACGCCUGUGGAAGAAGUUCACCGUGACGUUAAGAAAGAAACCAUUUCCGGCAGAGAUUUGGAGCUUGUGGUAACUGCAAAGAGUGGCAGCGAUCAAUCGACGGUGGAGGAUGGGAUCGUCUCCGGCGACGUGGAUCGCGACGGCAGAGCAAAAAUUGUGCUGGAACAGCUUCGUGUUGAGCUUGAAGGAAUCAACGCAGAAAACGAGAAGCUAAAAGCGAUGCUGACUCAGGUCGGCAACAAUUACGCUGCCUUAAGGAUGCAGUUCGUCACAUUGAUGCAACAACAGCAGCAGCAGCAGAAUUCUGAAUCCGAUGAUGUCAGUCCCCAGCCACGGGGAACCUUAACCAAAGACGAGAGUGAAGCUGAGUUGGUGCCGCGACAGUUUCUGGAUUUGUCCCCCGGCGGCGCCGCCAGGCAGGUGCCGGACGAACAAUCGAACUCUUCUUCCGAAGAAAGAACGCCGCCGGGGAAUAAGAGGGUUGACCACGAUGACGCGCCUGAAUCUGAAAACUUUGGUCCGAAUAAUAAGGUUGCGAAAUUGAGUCACGCCAAGCCCGACGGCGCAGAUCAGGCCACCAUGCGGAAAGCACGUGUCUCGGUUCGAGCUCGGUCGGAAGCUCCCAUGAUCUCCGACGGAUGUCAGUGGAGGAAAUACGGACAGAAAAUGGCGAAAGGGAAUCCGUGCCCACGUGCUUAUUACCGGUGCACGAUGGCCGUCGGAUGUCCGGUGCGGAAACAAGUUCAGAGAUGUGCGGACGACCAGACUAUCUUGAUCACAACCUACGAAGGGACCCACAACCACCCCCUCCCGCCGGCCGCCGUGGCGAUGGCGUCCACCACCUCCGCCGCCGCCAACAUGCUCCUCUCCGGCGCCAUGCCCAGCGCCGACACGCUGAUGCAUCCAAAUAAUUUCCUUGCAAGAACGAUGCUACCCUCAUCCAAUGUGGCCACCAUCUCCGCCUCAGCUCCGUUCCCCACGAUCACGCUGGACCUCACGCAGUCCCCAGCCGCGGCGGCGGCGGCGGCGGCGGCGCACCACAUCCAGAGACAGCCGCCGCAGUUGAUUCCGGCGGCCGCUCCAUUUCCUCUGCACAAUGUCCAAUCCACAAUGAUUCCUCAAUUAUUCGGGCAAGCAGUUUACAAUCAGUCCAGGUUUUCCGGUCUCCACAUGUCAAAUGACGCCGGCGCCGCCCCACAGAUGCCCGGGAAUUCACCGCAGUUUCAUCAGCCUUCGUCGUUCGCGGAAACCCUAAGCGCCGCCACAGCGGCGAUCACCAAAGACCCUAAUUUCACGGCCGCCCUCGCCGCCGCAAUCUCCUCCAUCAUCGGCGGCGGUCAGGCUAACAAUGCCGGCAGCCAUUCGACGAACAACAAUCCAACCGUAGAUAGAAACGAUAGCAGCCAUUAAUCUGCUUCGUUAACUUAAAUCCAAUCCAUUGUUUCUCGAUCCAUACACCUCUCAUAAUUUUGUUGUCAUAUUAUUACAAUUAUGAUUUAUUUUAUUUUAAUUUUUUAUUUGGAAAUGAAAAUUGAUUCAAUUUAGGGAUGCAA